AUGGCGAUCGAGCAUUGCGGCAUACCAUUGACAGCAGACGCCAUUAAAACCAAGUUGUUGGACAUGGAAGAAAGUGAAAAUGGCGGUGACAACACUAGCGCUUUCAGUUCCGGUGGCGCAUUCGCGAGUUACAAGAAGAACCGGAAUGUUGGCCACACUGCGACCAAAGACAACGCCCAGAUGUCAAAUACAAUCAUGGUACAUGUGCCCAAACAAAAGAGAUUAAAGUGGGACAGAAAAUCAGAAAAAUGUAUCCUUGUCGGCUAUUCCAAUGAUGUAAAGGGGUACAGGGUUUAUAAUCCGAAGACUGAUGUAAUCACUACCAGUCGAGAUGUGGUAAUAUUGGAGAAGACAGAGGCUGAGAAUAUCAUGGAGGUACGGGAAAAUUGUUCAGAUGAGGUGAGCUUAGUUCCAGUGGGGGAAGAAGAUUCAACUCUUCAAGAAGAUUCACUUGAACAAUCAGAGAGUUUGAACACAGAUGACAGCAGUGAACUGUAUGUACCUUGUGAAGAUGAUACUCUAGAAUAUAGCUCUGAGUCUGUUGCAGACAGUGAAGACUCCAUUAUAUUCAACAAUGUCAACAUGAUCAGAGGUUCUCGGCGUAGGCAGCAGCCGGAUAGAUUUGGAUUCGCCACUUGUGUAGAAAAUGAUAACAUAUUCACAGGCAAAGCUCAGACCGCGUCAACUGACGAUCGCGCUCAAACUUUCUUUUGUAAUUUUAAUUGUACGUUUGAAAAUUGUAUUUCCCGUUUCUUUGAUACGGAAGAAUUACCUAGUGAUAAUUAUUUAACUCCCGCUGAACAAGAAUGUGAAAAUAUUUUCGAACAGACUACGUCGCGAGAUAGUAAUGGUAGGUACUCGGUCGCGCUACCAUUUAAGGCUGACCCCGCGUCGCUAGGAGAGUCUAGGCAUAUCGCCGAGCGCCGCUUUUUAUCUCUCGAACGCCGUUUGUCAGUAAAUCCGCUAGUUAAACGUGAGUACGAUAAAAUAAUAAAUGAGUAUAUAGAAAAGGGUUAUAUUACAAUUGUAAAUAACAACACGCUUAAUUCGAAUCAAUAUUAUGUAAUUCCGCAUCACGCUGUAGUCAGAGGAGAUAAAUUAACAACAAAAGUUCGAAUGGUUUUAAAUGCUAGUAUGAAAACAUCUUCAGGUAUUUCGUUAAAUGAUAUUUUACACACGGGAAGAAAUUUACAAUCGGAUUUGUUUCGAAUUAUUUUAAAUUUCCGACUGUUUCCGGUCGCGGUAAGCGCUGAUAUUCGACAAAUGUUUUUACAAGUGACAGUUAAAGAGUCCUUUCGACAAUAUCAAAGAAUUUUGUAUAGAUUUAACUCGAAUGAGCCUAUUCAAUUGUAUCAGUUUAAUAGAGUAACUUUUGGUAUGACAUGUAGUCCGUACUUAGCCAUGCGCGUAAUACGUCAACUUAUGAACGAUGAACGUUCACGAUUUCCUAUUGCGGUUGCAGCCUUAGAAAAGGACGCAAUAUAUACAGAUGAUGUUGCCCUGAGUUUUAGAAAUACCGCUGAAGCUAUAACCGCGUCAAAACAGCUGAUUGAUUUGUUCGCCGCCGGCGGAUUUGACUUAGUCAAAUUCGCUAGUAAUUCAUCAAAUUUUCUUGGUGCUAUGCCUUCUGAGGCUAGAGUGACCGAUUUAAUUGAUAUAGGUUCAGACGGAAACCUUAAAAUAUUAGGCCUACAGUGGUCGCCCGCUUCAGAUAAUUUCUGUUUUCGCGUUACAGAGGAUGACCGUAAGUGUACUAAACGUAACAUCCUUUCAUUUGUGGCUAGGAUUUGGGAUUUGAUGGGAUUCGUAGCUCCUGUAUUCAACCGCAUGUAA